UCAACGAGCUUCAUGUGUGCUGCACUUGCCAUUCACAAUUUAUUUUCAUUUUGUUGUUAACUGUUGGGUUGCGGCUGGCGCGGAUUUAGAUGGCCACUGGAGCACAAUCUCCUUCCACUGACACAAGUGGGCUGCUAUCGGCCACAGUUGUCGCUGGUCUCAAGAACUUGGGCACUGUGCUGACACCGCAGGUCACCAAAACACUCGUGGCCAAUGCUCUGAAGUUGACCCUGCAUCCAGACGCGAUUAUUGCGCCGGUUCCUGAAAUCUAUGCCACAAAUGCCGCCAGCGCCAAACAGAGCGAGUACGCCGUCGUCACUCUCUACGCAGUGGCCACCAAGCAUGCCUGGGACAGCAUGACAUUGCGUCAGCAGCUGGAGGGACUUUCGCUGCACAGCAGUGCUGUGGAGGAGCUGACGCGUGUGUACGACGAACAUCGCAAGGAUUUAGUACUACGUCAGCUACAGGUUGGGGAGAACUUUCCACACAUCACGGACGUGCAGUGGCGCAUUGCCUGCGACGUGAUGUCAUCCACAUCCGACAACAGUUCGGGUGAAGCCCAUUUCUACAUAAAUUUGGGUAGCUACCGCCAAGGCAGCGGAGAGCGUAUCACAAUUGUCGAGUUCAUGUGUAAUGCCGAAGAACUGCAAUCGCUGAUCAACAAACUGAAAGAAAUCGAGCGACACUGCCAUCAAGUAGCCGUCGUUUAGAAAAGACAGAAAUGUGCUGCUCUCGGAGAAGGGGAAAUUUCGUUUCAUUUUGGUUUUCGAUGAGAUCAUCAAAAACUGUGCUCCCGCUUCCACAUAUGUAUGUACAUCCAUAAGCCUUAGACGAAUAGGAACAAAUGUUUUACAUAUAUGUAUUUCGUAGAAUUAUAUUUAACAGUUUUAUGUA